AUGCCGUUUGGGUUACUCAACGAACCAUCCACCUUCUCAAGGUAUAUAGCUGACAUCUUCCGCGAUCUACCGUUCGUCCUAGUGUACCUCGAUGACAUCCUGGUAAUGUCAGCGUCAAAGAAGGAACACAUCAAACACUUAGAUACGGUACUCCAACGAUUAAAAGACCACCAGCUGAUCGUCAAGGACAAGAAGUGUAAAUUCCUACAACCUAAGAUCGAGUUUCUAGGAUACCACAUUUCCGAACGAUGUAUCCGACCAAUGAAGGAUAACAGCAAAGCGAUAAACGCUAUCCCUGAAUGUGAGACUGUGCGGGACGCACAGCGAUUCCUUGGCAUGAUAAAUUAUUAUCGGCGUUUUAUUCCUCGGUGCUCAAUGGUAGCACGACCUUUGAUAGACUUCACGUCAAAGAAAACACCAUGGACUCAAGCCCAGACCAAGGCUUUCGAAGAGCUUAAGAGGCUCCUAAGUUCCGCACCCCUACUCGUACCCUUUCAUCUCGACAAAGAAUACCGCUUAACGACAGAUGCUAGUAAACUAGGUCUCGGAGCGGUGCUAGAAGAAACGGAGAAUAAAAAGGUAACAGGAGUAGUUGGAUAUUUCUCGAAAUUGCUCCAAGGUGCCCAGAACAACUACCCGGCAGGAGAGCUGGAGCUGUUGGGCAUUAUCGAAAGCUUACGCCCCUUCAAAUACUUGCUACACGGCAAGCGGUUUACCUUAAGGACAGAUGAUAUCUCACUUCUCACAUUAAAGAACAGAAACGAACCGUCAAUGGGACUCGCAAGAUGGUUAGACGAGUUGGCGGAAUAUGACAUAGAACUAGAGUACCUUAAGGGACCUGAUAACGUCGUGGCGGACACCUUGCCAAGAAAUGUGGCGAUUAACGCGGUAGACCGCUUACCAACAUCGGAACCAUCACAAAGGACCCCAGACGUGCAAAAGAAGCGUAUUGGGCCGCGGUAA